AUGGGUGGGUUAUGUGACUUGGAUGACUGUAGGAUGGGUGGGUUAUGUGACUUGGAUGACUGUAAGAUGGGUGGGUUAUGUGACUUGGAUGACUGUAGGAUGGGUGGGUUAUGUGACUUGGAUGACUGUAGGAUGGGUGGGUUAUGUGACUUGGAUGACUGUAAGAUGUGUGGGUUAUGUGACUUGGAUGACUGUAGGAUGGGUGGGUUAUGUGACUUGGAUGACUGUAAGAUGGGUGGGUUAUGUGACUUGGAUGACUGUAGGAUGGGUGGGUUAUGUGACUUGGAUGACUGUAGGAUGGGUGGGUUAUGUGACUUGGAUGACUGUAGGAUGGGUGGGUUAUGUGACUUGGAUGACUGUAGGAUGGGUGGGUUAUGUGACUUGGAUGACUGUAGGAUGGGUGGGUUAUGUGACUUGGAUGACUGUAAGAUGGGUGGGUUAUGUGACUUGGAUGACUGUAGGAUGGGUGGGUUAUGUGACUUGGAUGACUGUAGGAUGGGUGGGUUAUGUGACUUGGAUGACUGUAAGAUGUGUGGGUUAUGUGACUUGGAUGACUGUAGGAUGGGUGGGUUAUGUGACUUGGAUGACUGUAAGAUGGGUGGGUUAUGUGACUUGGAUGACUGUAAGAUGGGUGGGUUAUGUGACUUGGAUGACUGUAAGAUGGGUGGGUUAUGUGACUUGGAUGACUGUAAGAUGGGUGGGUUAUGUGACUUGGAUGACUGUAAGAUGGGUGGGUUAUGUGACUUGGAUGACUAUAGUUUGGGUUCUGUUCUAAUUGAUCUGUUAGAAACUGAAUGUAAUCGUUGA